GGAGGCUUCGUCGCGCACUUCGUGGAGCUGCUGAUCCGGUCGUGAAAUACCUUGGUUUGCUGAAGUACUUUCAGGCCUUAUCACAGCAGUUCUACGAGGAGCUAGGUUCCGACUCUUCUAUCGGGCACUGUCAGCUCGUCUACUUGGAUCGUGAGGAACUUGAGCAUGGUCUUGUGCAGGCUGGAUUUUAUCUUGAUCAGGUGGGUUCUCUGACAUCUUCCCGUGCUUUCCGACAUUUCUUAUUUCCUCCUGAUGACCUGUCAAGUUUUAAAAAAAAGAUCUCGGAGCCAUUAAAAACCUCUCUCUGUAGACCUUCUGCACGACGAGGGAUAAAAUAG